CAGCGAGCAAAGAGCCUUCGCAAGGGAUCCCCCCCACUCCACUGCACAGGAACGGUCACCUCUCGUUCGAAGCAGUGCAUUCGUUUUGGGUGAAUUCUGGCUGGUUAUUGAAUCGGUUUGUCACAGAUGAUUCAUGCAAUUGUCUCCCCUCCGUUCCCCUCCCCCCCCUUUUUUUUGCCGCUGUGUCGCGCCCUUACAUCUAUCCGACCCUGCUGUUGAACGGGUCAACGGGUCAAGCACACUUGCUUGGUGGGUCACCCCCAUCCUUGCCAUGUGUUGUGCCCUCUUCUUUUUGGAUUCAUUCUAUAUUUUUUUUUCCCCGUUCCCAAACACUCUCCUCCGCCUCCUGGGGCUCGCUCUCCCUCAUCCCAUGAUUUGGAUAUCUUCGCGCCCUUUCUCGUUUCUCCUUUUCAUCGGGACAUGGCUCCUGUCGCUGUCUCAACCGUCGAACUCUGUCGAAGCUUUUCAUCUCCACUUCUGCAGAGACGCCACGGCAGCAGCAAUCUUUUGUUUUCCGGCUCAGUUUGGAGCCAACUCUCUUGAUACUAAUAUUCCCAGCGCGACCCUCCCUCCACUUGCACGAACCGCCACCCAUGCUGCUCGUAUUGUUGCUGCUCGUAUUGUUGCUGCUCGUAUUGUUGCUGCUCAUUUUGCUGCUCAUUUUGCUGCUCAGGCAACUCCCAUCUCUUUUUGGAUUAUCGAUUUUUUUUUCUUGUUUUUCGAUUUUUUACGUUAUUUGUCAACGAUUCACCACCCCCUCCGGCGGCUCAGCCCUCCCGAGCGACGCUCUCGACUCGCCUCAAGUUACCAAUACAACUGCCUGAGCACAUUGAGCACAAAUCCGCAUUGGUUUACAGUGGCGCUUUUGUGUCGGAAGAGCGACCGAAGCAGAAAUGAAAGAAGCAGAGGGCGGCGGAUGUGGCUGGUGCGAUGCAGCAUUCGCACGAGUUGGUCUGCUGUGCAUGUCCGAGUGCAAAUCCCCUGCAUGCUUUGAUCAGGAAACAAAAAUCCAGAGCCUGUGCUGCUGCAUUCCCGGCACCCC